AUGUCUCGCUUGCCCCCAGCCGAAAAGCUACCCCUCGCAGUCCGGAAGAACAUCCGCGAUGAGUGGGAGAGCAAGAAGGAGGACCUCCAAAAGGAGCUCUCUGACGUCCUGGGCGAGGAGUGGACGCUCAAGGACAUCAACCCCAGCGCGCUCUACCCCUACGCCGUGGACGGCUACGCCAAAGAGUCCCUAGGAAGCUGCAUUGAACAAUACGUCUCCUCGGCAAUCUAUAACCUCAAAUCCUUCGCCUCCACCUACGGCGAAGACGGCAAAUCCGAACUCAACUCCAUCUGCCACGCCCGCUCUCUCCUCAUUGACCUCGACGACCGCCCCAAGGACGCGCGCGUCUCCUACUGCGGCGUCCUCGUCAAAGAAGGCGGCGCGCUGGCGCUCGUCUUCUCCGAGGGAAACCUGGGUACCAACGUCAACUACGCCAUCGAGACGCAGGGUCUCCUGACCGCCUUGAAUGCCGCGCCGCCCGCACCGGGAUCCGCCGCGGUGAUGAGUUUUGCGGCGCGUACCUCGGUGAGGCAGGACUAUGAUGACAAGAUCGAGGAGACGAGGAAGAAGUUGGCAGAUAUGCUCGAGAAGCCUGAUGUUGUGCUGUGUCCCAACUUUGAGGCGAACUUUGAAAAAAUCAAGGCGGCCGCGGGGAAGAAGGGGAGUGAGGUGAGGAGUGAUUGGGAGGGGAACAUGGGUGCGUUCACGAGGAUGUAUUUUGAGGGGUUGGUGUAUCAGAUGAGUUAUCAAAAGUUUGGGGAUGAUGAGAUGUUGAGGGAAGGGUUUAAUGAGGCUGUUGAGAAGGGGGAGAUUCACUUUCGGAUUGUGGAUAAGAUGGCGUAUGCGACGUAUGGGGAGGUCGUGUUGGAGGAUGGGGCGAUUUAUGUUCAGACUCAAGCGCAUAACUUUGGGACGAACGUCGAUUACGCGGCAGAGAAGAUUUUGGAUCAGCUUUAG